AUGGCAACCCAGUGGCUCGAACGCUGCCGCAGAUUUGCCGGGGUUCCGGAUCUUGCAGCCGCCCAAGGGGCAAGGCAAGCAAAGUCCUGCUGCGGCUACGGAUUUGCAGCAUGGCGCUCAUGGGCAGGCGCGGCGUCACAGGAGUCGUCACCCCCGCCGCAGCCGCAGCAGUCGCUUGCGACGCAGCGGCCCGAGCUGCAGUCUCCGACGCAGCAGGCCCCAUCACAAGUGCAAGUGACGGAUGCGAACAAGGGCUUCACCCAGUUUGAGAUGCCGGACACAUCGCGGCCAGAGCUCGAGGAACGUGAACCUGAUCGUCAGCCGCUCAGUGCGGCAGCUGCUGCUUUGGCAGUCGAGAAGGCCGUGGAGAACCGCAACGAAAAGACGAAGCCCGGCAUUCUCAAAAAGCCCGCGGCCGCAGAGACUGCUGCACCGAAAGCCAAGGCGAAGGCCACGGCCAAAGUGAAGGCCAAGUCCACCCCCAAAGCGAAGGCGAAGUCCCAGUCCAAGAAGACGACCAUCAACCUUAUCAACCAAGGUCCGAACAAGGGCUGGGUCGUGGAGGUACGUGAGCGCCGCGUCGGGAACAGUGCCGGGCAAACCGACACGUACUAUCGCUCCCCGCACGGCGGAGUUUACCGCACCAGGGGCGAAGCCCGGAAGCACGGCUUUAAGAUAUUAGAGCUUCUGCCAAAAGAGGAGGACCAACCCGCAACAUCCAGGGCCACUUUGAAACGGAAGCGAGACGAGAAGAUGAACCUCGCCACCCCUUACGGCCCGUUGUGGAAGGAACUCUCAGGUUUCACCAUGACUCAGGGGCCGCCACUCAAGGUGAGCUACAUCGACCCACUGGCCGUGCUUUGGCACGCCUGCAAUCAAGGGGGUGGCUUCCAGGAGUUCCUGCAGAACUGCGCCGCGAGAAACCCCUGCAGUCCAGCGAAUCCUUGGGAUAUAUGCCUUUAUGUCGACGAAGUGUCACCGGGGAAUCAACUAAAGCCAUCAAAUGACCGCAAACUCCAGGUGCUGUAUUUUUCCCUGAAACAGUUCGGGGGCCUGGCCCUGAGCAAAGAAGACUCCUGGUUCGUUCUGACUGCAGUGCGUUCCACGGAUGUCAAGCGGCUCAGCAACGGCAUGACGCAGCUCAUGAAGAGGAUCUUUGCCAUCUUCCUCUUGGACCGGCGAGAUCAGCUGCUGCACGGCGUACGUCUGCCCAUUCCCAAUCAACAGUACUGGAUGCUUUGCCUCUUGAUCGCGGACGAGGCAGCACUGAAAAGUGUUUGGGAAGACAAAGGAGCAAGCGGCACGAAGCUCUGCUUCAUGUGCCAAAACGUUGUGUCCCAUUCAUCAGGCCUGCACAACACGGACGCAACAGGCAGUCUGGUGAGCCACGUCAGCCACCAGAAGAGCCAAAUGGUGCAGCAGACGGACGCCAGUAUAAAGGAAGCUGCGCAACACCUCGCCCAGUGCCGCCCCUUGAUGAACAAGGGCGAGUUUAAAAAGCGGCAAUUCGCCCUGGGGUUGAACUUCUGCGAGCAUGGGGCGCUCUUUUCUCCUGAGCUGAAGGAGAUUUUGAGGCCUAUCUCCGUGAGCAUGUUUGACUACAUGCACAACUAUGUUGUGGGUGGAGUCUUUCAUGUGGAGAUGUCACAGCUCCUGGAGGCUUUGCAGAAGCAGGGCAUACAGCAAGACGAGAUGCACAGCUUCCUGAGUGCUUGUCAAUGGCCAGCUGCCGUUGGUGACAAAGGCGCCUCCGCGAAGAAAGUCUUCGCCAAGAAGGUGACCGAGUUCAAGUCCUCGGCGUCGGAGGCCAUGGCUUUGUACCCCGUGAUGCGGGCCUUCUUGCAGGAGAAGCUGCCAAGCAUCCGGGACAACCAGUGCAAGGAAUGUUGCCGAUGCUUUUUCGUUCUAUGCGAAGUCCUUGACCUCCUGUAUAAAACGUCGGUACCACUGGAUCCUUCGACGCUAGCUGCUGCUCUGGAACAGAAAAUCGAAACGCACAUGGAGCUGUUCAAGCGCUGCUACGGGGUGGAGAAGGUCAUCCCCAAGGCACACUUCAACCUGCACCUGGGAGACUUGCUGCGGCGUCAUGGCCUGCUACUCUCCUGCUUUGUGCAUGAAAGGAGGCACAAGGAGAUUAAGAGGUAUGCGAAUAACCUCGACUCCAUGCAGGCAGGAUCCGAAAGGCACAUUCUCCAACUGGAAUUGGAGGAGCACAUGAAGAACCUCCUCGUCUUCUCCGAAAUGAAAGCAGGGUUGGUCAACCCCAAGGCUGCCGCCGGCCAGGUGCAACAGGCUUUUUGCGACUACUUCUCCUUGCCAGGCAGUCCUGGACUGCUUGUAAGCAUGUCCUGCCACGUCGGGAAUGGCAGGCUGUGCAAGCAAGAGGACGUGGUCGUCGUCCAUGGGCCCAACGGCGACGAAGUGGCUCAAGUGUGGUUCCAUGUCGAGUUCAACGGACACGGCUACACGUGCAUGUCCGAGUGGCGUUCUUUGGGCCGAAAUCGUUUUCGAACCUGUGACGAGCCUGUGUUCCGAUCAACAAAUGCUAUCUGCAGACUGUGUGCUUUCAAGAAAGAGACUGACCGUGCACUGGUCAUACCGCUGAGCAUGCCCAUGUGA